CCUGGGCGCGCUGUACGCAUGCGCAAAGGGACAGGGCGCUGCCGUGCCCGGUGUGCCCCGCUGAAAUGUGUCCGGCUGCCCCUGAGAGCGGCACAGGCGGCUGUGUCUGCGCCCGCCUUCGGGCGCUCCGUGGCGGCUAUGGCGUGAAUCGUGGUGCUGGCGCGUGCCGCGAGGUGCUGCUGCUGCGAGACGGCGGGACGAGCAUGGGGCCGGCAGACCUGGUGCAGAAGAUCAGUAUCAGCGCCGAGAGCCCCCGCGGGGGCGAGAGGAACGGCAGCGGCUCGGCGCUGGCCGGCGUUGACGGGGCCGCCGCCGGCAGCUGGAGACAGAAGUGCGCGGCCUAUGUGCUGGCACUGCGGCCCUGGAGCUUCAGCGCCUCGCUGACCCCUGUGGCGCUGGGCAGCGCGCUGGCCUACCGGGCAGAGGGAACACUCGACCCGGGACUGCUGGUGGGGAGCGCCGUGACCGUCCUGGCUGUGCACGGGGCCGGAAACCUGGUGAAUACCUACUAUGACUUUUCCAAAGGCAUCGAUCACAAGAAGAGUGAUGACAGGACAUUGGUGGACCAGAUUUUGGAGCCGCAGGAUGUAGUUCGGUUUGGAGUUUUUCUCUACACUGUAGGCUGUAUCUGUGCUGCUGGGCUCUACGCUGUCUCCACGCUCAAGCUGGAGCACCUGGCCCUGAUUUACUUUGGAGGACUUUCCAGCUCCUUCCUUUAUACCGGAGGAAUUGGAUUUAAGUACGUUGCACUUGGCGACGUGGUGAUCCUGAUCACCUUUGGGCCCCUGGCUGUCAUGUUUGCCCAUGCAGUGCAGGUUGGUUACCUGUCUGUCUCUCCCCUGCUCUAUGCCAUCCCUCUGGCCCUCAGCACCGAGGCCAUCCUGCACAGCAACAACACACGGGACAUGGAGUCAGACCGGCAGGCGGGCAUUGUCACCCUGGCCAUCCUCAUCGGCCCCACCCUCUCCUACAUCCUCUACACCGUGCUGCUCUUCUUGCCCUACCUGAUUUUCUGUGUGCUGGCCACACGUUACACCAUCAGCAUGGCAUUGCCACUGCUCACCAUCCCCAUGGCAUUUUCACUGGAGAGACAGUUCCGGAGUCAGAGCUUCAACAAAAUUCCUCAGAGGACAGCCAAGCUCAAUCUACUGCUGGGGCUUUUCUAUGUUUUUGGCAUUACAUUGGCACCAGCUGGUGCUCUGCCCAAACUGUGAAGAGAGCUGUGGGGUCAGGCCUCAUAAUUCACUGUUCAUGUUGAUUAACAGUGGAUGUUAUGGGUAAAUGACUCGUUAUGGACAGUGGGAAGAAUGGAAAGACCACCUUGCACUGUUGACAGUGAAUGUUGUGAUUUCUGCUCUUGGAUAGCUUAUACUACAGACUUCAAAAAAGUAAUUUGUCAGUUCUUCAGAAAGGGAGAACUAUGUGGCUUUGCUUUGAGGAACAAGGUGACAUAAGGUCAAGGAAAUGUUUAAAGAGCCUCAUCCUUCUGCCACCUAAUUUUUUCACUGUCAGUUCAAUGAAAGAUAGAGCCUCAAACCACACUUCACAAGCACAAUGAUUUCUCUUAUCACUUCUUUUCUUAUAGUGAUGAAGGAGUCCAGUGGCUCCCAUAUGGGAAUCAGAAAACACUGCCAAAUGUUUAGCAUCACAACAUAGGUGCCAUUAAUUCACUCCUUUGUAAGUGUAUUUUGUCUUCAUCUGUUGUAUGUCUUUAUUUUUUGUUUUGCUUUUCCUAGCCAAGUUUUGAGCUUUUAUUUCCAAGCCCCCUGAAAUGCACUAGGUACUGAUUCAUGAGCUAUUGUUUCUGCUUAGAAGCAAUAUAGCCUAGAAACUUCAAAGUUGUAAAUCUCUGUGGGUUGUGAUGCUAAAAUGGAGCACGAAUAGCCCACUGCACAAACUUCAGGCCAAAACCAGUCAAUCUGUAUUCUGCUACAAAAACUGAAACUGUAAAUGCAAACCAUGCAACUGGAAGGCCCUCAAUGGGUAGAAAAAAAAAUGAUUUCCAUUUCUGUAUUUGCUUAGAAUUUACUCUCUGAAAUGAGUUAAGGGGGAGCUGACAGAGUGCCAUGUUUCUCUGAAUAGCUAUGAAUUAAUGGAUGCAUAGGUGGAAAACAAAUUCUUGAUUUUAAAAAGCAUUUUUAAUUUUUUUUCUGUUUAUUUAUUCACACUAUUACAGUGAAAUGUCUUAUUAUAAGAUGCCCAGUUCAGCAAAGAAGAAAGAUACAGUAUUAGAAAAAACAAAUCUGGAUUGUUGCAUUGGCUCUGCCUAAAAAUUAGGAUUUGAAACAGGAAGAAACCAAUUUUGUUCAAAAGAUUUUUCCUAAUGAAAUCCAGAAUUUGUGUCACUGAAUCACAAUUAAAUGAUCUCUGAAGGGAAGUUCCCCCCCUCUUUUACCCCCUCUAUACCUUAGUGUUGUUUUCUCCUGCAGAUCUUGCCACUUGCUGUUCAUGUGGCCCUUUGGAGAGUUGAUUGUUUCAGCAGUUGUGUGAAAACCAAACAUAAUGGGGAAAAUAUGUGCCUUCCAGUGCAAAGAUGGGUUUGAUCCAUAACAUAUUCCUCAGUGGCAACUGAAUUCUCUUCUGUGUUAUUCAGUACCUGUACACAGGUUUUUAUGAAAAACUUGUUUGCAAGAGCUGUGGAAAGCUCAGAGGAAUUGACACAGGUGUUGAACUGGAGCUCCUGGUGCCAGGUCUCAACCUUGCUUUUGAAUAAGUGUGUGUGUGAACCACUGUAUGAAGGGCUUUUACACAUGAGCAAUAAAGCAGCAAUAAACUCACAUGGUGUUACCCUGCAUCUGUCAUAGGUAAACAUGCCCUCCUGGUGUAAAUCUGGAAGAUCCAAGGGUGCCAUCAGUGGGUUGUACUGACAGCAGUAAAGCUGAGUUGGUGGUACCAGAUUACAUGGUACAGCUUUUUAGACUGGUUUUAUGGCUUCUUGUUAUCCAGUGUUACCCAGCAGUUAUACCUGAGCUGAAUUAAUGAGAAGGAGUCUUAGCAGGCCUAUUUAAUGAGCCACAGUUUUAUCUUUUAUUUAUUAAAAUGGGCAAAUGAUCUCUCUAAUCUGGCUAGGCACAGGACAAGAAGAGAUGCUUUCUGCAGCAAAAUACUUGUUAGGAUUAAAAACACAAGGAGAAAAUGCAAAAGUUCAGCUCAGAUGGAGGGAGGGGGAUAUCCAGAAGACUUUGGGAACAUUUCAAUGCAGAUAUACACAACAGAGUUUGUACUGUGGCUUUUUUGUGGACCUACAGAAUGAAGAAGAGCCUGGUUCCAAUACCCAUUUCACAUUUCUGCAAACCAAAAGCUUUUGUAGGGAUAAGUAAGGGCUGAUCUGACAAAUCUGUUAACCUUGCAAUUGGGGAUAUGCAGGUUUAGGUUAAUCCUGCCAUUUGUAGCAGCUCUAUGUUUCAUUUUUGGAUAGCUUGGUUCUGAACAGUUUUUAGUUUCAAAGAAUGGUUAGUUAUCUUUUCUGUACUUCUUUUACAAAAACUAGAGUACUCCAGCUGAAUUCCUGAAAGUAACUUGGCUUGUAUCUUUGGUAACUGUAAUUGUAAUAAUGGGAAGAUCAUUGGUGCCAUGGAGAAUGUAACUCUUUCUGCAUCUUGACUACCCUUUCCUGGGUAGGAUGUCUACUUAGGGCUGGAAAGGACCAGUGCUUUGUGCUACUAAGAUGAACCAGCUCAUUAUUACAAAAAUAUGUGUGUGGUGCACUUUCCAACAUGGGGGGGAAUUCAAAGUAUUUUAAUGGUAAAACUGAGAUGAAAAUUCAGUAGUUCUUUACUAGCCUCCAAUUCCCUCUCUUUGAAAAACAGUAUCAUUCCAGGUUCUUAAGGAUAUUAGUAAUAACUAACACAUUCUUCACCAUGGUUUUGAGGAAGUCAUUUAACUUCUCUGUGUCUCAGAAAACAGCUAAUUUUUGCCUACCUUACAGGGAUGCUGAGCUGACAUCAUUGUCAUAGACAGCUUUGAAAGUAAAAAGUGCUUUAUCUCUGUGUGCUUUCCAAAAAACUUGUUAGUACUAGAAAAUACUUUAGAUAUGAACUAAUAUAAAGGGCAACUUAACCAAUGUAAUUUGGCCAAAAUAAUCUUCACAUAUAAUCAAUGAGUAGUAAGAGAGAUUAAUUUAUUGGUUUGCUUUGUGAUGAAGAUGCUGGGUCUCUUCCCCUACCCCACUUUUCCUGUCCUGUGCUACUUUCCCUGAAUUUAAACUUUAGAAACUUCUUUCAGGUCACUCUGGAUGAGCUGUGUUGCAGUGUGAUGAGUGUGCACUGGUAGGUGAAUAGAUCUGUAGCCCAUCUGUGAAUGUGUCCUAAAGCACCUCCUGGCCUUUUUUCUUACCCAAUAAACUGUCUGAAUGUUACUCAGUU